CGCGGUCAUGUGGUGCUGGCCAUCCUACCCUCUGUCACGGUGUAGAUGAGAGCUUUUUGCUCUUAUCCAAUCAUGCCUGGAAUGCCGCUUGCCACUUGGGCUAUUUCUGCUAUCUGUCGCUCUUGGUGCCGCAGUGCUAACGGUUUGGCAGAUGGGACACUUUUUCUUGGAGUUGGUGUCUUUGGUUUUUGACUUCUGGCAGUGCCGGGCUUGUUGUUGCUGCUCGCCCUCUCCCUCUCGGCCCCCCUGGUCACCAUGGCCCAUCGGCUUCGGUUUCAUUUUGGCUCUGGUCGCAGCAACACAGCCCCCGAGUCAGAGAUCCUAGACCAGGAGAGAGAAGAAGACUUUUUCAUGGCAUUCCACACCCUCCCGCGGCGGAGCGGCCCACACCCCUUCGCCCAGAAUGGAGGGGAGGACGGUGGCGGCCUGCAAGAAGGCGUGGGCGCGCUCAAGCGCAGCUCGUCCAUGUUCAUCCCGCAGCUCCUCACCAGUAUGGACGCCCGCCCCACACGCAGCUCCUCUGUGCAGAUCUCCCUGCAGCGCAAGGCAGCUGACGGUGCCACUGACGGGUGCGGGCCACCCAACGGCUCUGAGGACCGGCCUCCGAGCGCCACCGCCGACCUUGGGGAGCAGGCCACAGCCGCGACCCAGAGUGCUGUGCGGGCGCCCUCCCCAAGGGACACCCCCGGGAGCUCCCCUCCGAGGGCAGCCCGGGACCCCCAGGUCAAUGGCACGUGUGACUGGCGCUUGCGGGACCCGGGCUUGGCAGAUGGCUCAGAGGAGGCUGUCCCAGGCCUGCGUAUCCAGCACCGCGCCUCUAGCGCAGACAUGCGCCAGGUGCGCCUGCUACAGUUUGGAUCUGACAGCCAGGCAGCCCAGGAGCCCAGGCGCUGGUCCCUGCAACAUGUUCCUGAUGCUUCCGGAAGCUCUGGGAAGCGAUGCUUUGUCUUCCAGUUGCAGCAACCUCAUAAAGGUACACCAGGGCUGGGCAAUGACUUCAAUUUUGGCUUCACUGGCACAAAGGGUGACAGAUUAGUGAGGUAUCCCCGCAUUCGGCUGGAGAGGAGCACUUCAUACCCUACCCAGCCCCGAGUGGGCCGGGGAAGCCCCACAGAAGAACGUGGAGUCCCUGAGAUGCUGCCUCGGACAGGCAGGAUGGCUCCUGAGAUCCGCAGGACGAAUUCCAUGGAGAGGACUCCACAGGGCCAGGGGUGCACCUUUAAGAUCAGGCAGGAUCAAAAUGCGGGUCAGCAGCAUUUCCGGAUUCUUGUAACUCGGGAGCCUGAAGAAACUCCCCAGAAUUCUGAGGAGAAUGGCAAGAGUCCUGGUUCGCCAGGAGUGAGUGCUCCGACACGAGACGACUUCCUGGGCCAGGUGGACGUGCCCCUUAGUCACCUUCCGACAGAAGACCCCACCAUGGAGCGACCUUAUACAUUUAAGGACUUUCUCCUCCGACCAAGAAGUCAUAAAUCUCGAGUUAAGGGAUUUUUGCGGUUGAAAAUGGCCUACAUGCCCAAGAAUGGAGGACAGGAUGAAGAAAACAGCGAGCAGAGAGAUGACAUGGAGCAUGGGUGGGAAGUUGUAGACUCCAACGACUCAGCUUCUCAGCAUCAGGAGGAGCUUCCUCCUCCACCUCUGCCCCCAGGCUGGGAAGAGAAAGUGGACAACUUAGGCCGAACGUACUAUGUCAACCACAACAACCGGACCACGCAGUGGCACCGACCGAGCUUAAUGGAUGUGUCUUCCGAGUCAGACAACAACAUCAGGCAGAUCAACCAGGAGGCUGCACACAGGCGCUUCCGCUCCCGCAGACACAUCAGCGAGGACUUGGAGCCAGAGGCCCCGGAAGGCGGAGAGGGCCCCGAGCCUUGGGAGACCAUUUCAGAGGAAGUCAACCUGGCUGGAGACUCCCUGGCCCUGGCCCUGCCUCCACCGCCAGCCUCCCCGGUAUCUCGGACCAGCCCUCAGGAGCUGUCAGAGGAGCUGAGUAGAAGGCUUCAGAUCACUCCAGACUCCAACGGGGAACAGUUCACUUCUCUGAUUCAGAGAGAACCCUCCUCCAGGUUACGGUCCUGCAGUGUCACCGACACGGUCGCAGAGCAAGCCCACCUACCACCGCCCAGUACCCCAACUAGGAGAGCGCGGUCAUCAACUGUCACAGGUGGUGAGGAGCCAACGCCAUCAGUGGCCUAUGUACAUACCACGCCGGGCCUACCUUCAGGCUGGGAAGAAAGAAAAGAUGCUAAGGGACGUACAUACUAUGUCAAUCAUAACAAUCGAACCACAACUUGGACUCGACCAAUCAUGCAGCUUGCAGAAGAUGGUGCCUCUGGAUCAGCCACAAACAGUAACAACCACCUAAUCGAGCCUCAGAUCCGCCGGCCUCGUAGCCUCAGCUCGCCAACAGUAACUUUAUCUGCCCCACUGGAGGGUGCCAAGGAUUCACCCAUACGCCGGGCUGUGAAAGAUACCCUUUCCAAUCCACAGUCCCCACAGCCAUCACCCUACAACUCCCCCAAACCACAACACAAAGUCACACAGAGCUUCCUGCCACCUGGCUGGGAAAUGAGGAUAGCUCCAAACGGCCGGCCCUUCUUCAUUGACCAUAACACAAAGACUACGACAUGGGAAGACCCACGCCUGAAAUUUCCAGUACAUAUGCGGUCAAAGGCAUCUCUAAACCCCAAUGACCUUGGCCCACUUCCUCCUGGCUGGGAAGAAAGAAUCCAUCUGGAUGGCCGCACGUUUUACAUUGACCAUAGCAGCCAGGUGGUAUGUGGAGAGAAUGACCCCAGAGAGUCAGUGCCCUCGUACGAUAGCAAAAUAACCCAAUGGGAAGACCCAAGACUGCAGAACCCAGCCAUCACUGGUCCGGCUGUUCCUUACUCCAGAGAAUUUAAGCAGAAAUAUGACUACUUUAGGAAGAAAUUAAAGAAACCCGCUGAUAUUCCAAACAGAUUUGAAAUGAAACUUCACAGAAAUAACAUAUUUGAGGAGUCCUAUCGGAGAAUCAUGUCUGUAAAAAGACCAGAUGUCCUAAAAGCUCGACUAUGGAUUGAAUUUGAAUCAGAGAAAGGUCUAGACUAUGGGGGAGUAGCCAGAGAAUGGUUCUUCUUACUUUCCAAAGAGAUGUUCAACCCCUACUAUGGUCUCUUUGAGUACUCUGCAACGGACAACUACACACUUCAGAUCAAUCCCAAUUCAGGCCUUUGUAAUGAAGAUCAUUUGUCUUAUUUCACUUUUAUUGGAAGAGUUGCUGGUCUGGCAGUGUUUCAUGGGAAGCUGUUAGAUGGUUUCUUCAUCCGACCAUUUUACAAGAUGAUGCUGGGAAAGCAGAUAACUCUGAAUGACAUGGAGUCUGUGGAUAGUGAAUACUACAAUUCUCUGAAAUGGAUCUUAGAAAAUGACCCUACUGAACUGGACCUCAUGUUCUGCAUAGAUGAAGAAAACUUUGGGCAGACAUAUCAAGUGGAUUUGAAGCCCAAUGGAUCAGAAAUAAUGGUAACAAAUGAAAACAAAAGGGAAUAUAUUGACUUAGUCAUCCAGUGGCGGUUUGUGAACAGGGUCCAGAAGCAAAUGAAUGCCUUCCUGGAGGGAUUCACAGAACUGCUUCCUAUUGAUUUGAUUAAAAUUUUUGAUGAAAAUGAGCUGGAGUUGCUGAUGUGCGGCCUUGGUGAUGUGGAUGUGAACGACUGGAGACAGCAUUCUAUUUACAAGAAUGGCUACUGCCCGAAUCACCCUGUCAUUCAGUGGUUCUGGAAGGCCGUGCUGUUGAUGGAUGCCGAGAAGCGGAUCCGGUUACUGCAGUUUGUCACAGGGACUUCCCGCGUACCCAUGAAUGGAUUCGCUGAACUUUAUGGUUCCAAUGGUCCUCAGCUGUUUACAAUAGAGCAGUGGGGCAGCCCUGAGAAGCUGCCCAGAGCUCAUACAUGCUUUAAUCGCCUUGACUUACCUCCAUAUGAAACCUUUGACGAUUUACGAGAGAAACUUCUCAUGGCUGUGGAAAAUGCUCAAGGAUUUGAAGGGGUCGAUUAAGGCCCUUUUCCUCGGGGCCCCUGACCAUCCAGUGAGUUCCACGUGCUCUUUUGCACCUGCCUGAGAGACUUUUGCAGAGCCGGUGGCGGACACAGCUGCACAGUGUGGCUCCCGGAGCCCGGCCUCCGCCCCGCCGCACCCACCUCCAGACUUGGGAACCUGGCCCCGGCUGAACUCCCACUCCUCACCACGAAUUCUCAACUGGUUGAUGUGUACACUAAUUACAUUUCAGAAAGACUUGUUCUAUUUAUGUUGUGCCUCUGCAGGCAAAGCCCUUAAUAAAUAUUUUGCAUACUUUCUAAUGACAGUGAAUGGAAUUAAUCACUCUACAGGUAUAGUAUUACAAUUCAUGUUUACUUUUUAAAAUGAUUUAGACUGAUUUUCAGAUUUUAUUUCAUUACAAUUAAAGAUGUCUCAUGCACUUGGUAAAGUGAGCAUAUUUUUUUGGUAUUUGGAUUUCAUACCAGGCUUAAUGUCAAUGACAUUUUUAUUUUUGGAGUACUUUGACACACUGCCCCUUUGCUUUUGUUAGAAUUAGAACUUAAUUUCUGUCCAAAAAACCUUCUACAGACAAGAACUUGGAGAAAAUUUCAAAUAUAACAUUAGCUAUAAUGAUCAUUUUUUUUCCAUACUCAGAAUGAAAAUAAACUGGAUAUUCCUUUUUUUGUACAAAUCUAGAUAAUAGCUACAGGCUGAGAGAAUUGUA